AGAUGCUAUUUUGGUCUUUUGUAAACGACUGAUGCCUAGCUAAAAAUGGCUCUUUUCAUCAAACGUGAAGUCUUGUCCGAUGAAGAACUUGAAGAUGAUCCAUGCCAUGGCACUAUUGAGAUUCUUGAAUAUGAACAGCGUAUCAUGGUUGACACCAUGGACGAUGAUGUCAUCUUCAUUCAUGGGAGGGGUCUUGGUAUGGAAAGACUUUUUCUCAAUCACCUCAUAAUGUAUUCUGAUCAGAAACUUCUAACUAUAGUUUUGAACACAUCACAACACGAUGAGUCAUAUUUCAUCUCGCAACUCAAAGCGGUCAAUGUUCCAUGUCCACCAAAAUUGAUAAAUGCUGAUGUUUCGACCAAGGACAGGGAAGCUGUGUAUCUCGAAGGUGGAGUGCAAUUUAUUACGUCUCGUAUAUUACUUGUUGACUUGUUAACUGAUCGUGUGCCUGUAAAGAAUAUUGCUGGUAUCUUGGUUUACCGAGCUCAUCAGGUUCUUUCAUCGUUUCAAGAGUCUUUCAUUCUGCGCUUGUACCGCGAAAGAAAACCGGGAGGUUUUGUCAAGGCGUUCACGGAUAUUCCCACUGCGGUAUGCGCACUCGGCCAGUUACAAAGAGUAGUGGAUCGUUUGUAUAUAAGGCGAGUACGCCUCAUACCACGCUUUGACACUGAUGUCAGAAUAACAUUGGAGAAAUGCCCGCCAGCCAUGACAGAGAUGAUCGUCGAUCUUCCGGCUACAAUGCGUAGGGUACACACCACGUUUGUUGAGUUGUUGAAAGUAUGCAUUCGUGAGCUAAAGCAGUGUUCAACAGUGGAGAAGCAGGCAGUACAAGAAGAGGACACGGUGAAUGUUGCUGUCUACAGACCCAGCCUUUUGGAAAGACAGCUCGGAGAAAGAAGGUCUUUUCUCACCGAAAAACAAAGUCGUCUCAUGUCCGAUCUGACUCUUCUGAGGGAAUUACUGCAAACUGCAGAAGAUAUGGAUGCAGCCACUGUGCUCAGCCGAAUCAACGCCGUUAGAAACGACAAAGAGGCUUUUGAAAAAAGUGGUGGUUGGAUGAUAUCUCGGGUAGCCGCGACUCUCAUCGCUGAUUUGGAGAAUUUAUGUGGUUAUGGUUCCUACAAGAGUCAUCCUUUUGUCCCACCCCCAAAAUGGCAAGUUCUCAUGUCGGUAUUGGAUGAGAUUAAAAGCAUUCCUGUUCGCCCAAGUGAAGUUGGACCCGACGGACCUUCGGUAUUGCUGCUUGUAAAUAAUGACAGCGUAGCACGACAGGUUACCGAUUUGAUCAAGAAUGGACCUGAUUUCCUUAGAUGGCUAGCAAGGAGGGCUCUGGGUGCAGGAGCGGGCAAAGAACCCGAGAAAAUGCCUCUGUGGAAUGUUGAUCAUGUAAUUCCUUUCCAGAGAGGAAACCUGGUACAAGAACCUCGUAAGGAGUUGGUUUCUGAUCUCCAGAAGAGCACAGUAGCUGCCGCGCGAGCUUCAAAGCGACGUCGAAAGGCAGCUGAGGAUCUUGUUGGGACUUCUGACCAUGGAGGGAAGCAAACGAAGAUAGUGCAGUUUGGUAUUUUGCAGUACAAAAAACGAAAAAGCGACGAACCUCAGCAGGCAACCCCAAGUAUAGCAAAACCAGAACCUGUUGACGAUGGAUAUGAAGAAAAGCCGGAAGAGGCAAAGACAAUUGGAGAGCACGAAAAGGUCCCAUUGGUCAUCAUGGCUUACGGUGAACGCUACACAAUCCUUAAGCAACUUGAGCAGAUGAAACCCACUGUAAUUAUACUCUACAAUACGGAUGUUAUAACCUUGAGACAUAUUGAGAUUUAUAAAGCUUGUCAUGCUGAUCUGUUCCUUCAUAUCUUCUCGUUGAUGUAUAGAGAGUCUACAGAAGAGUCACGCUACCUCACAGCGCUUAAAAAUGAGACGGAUGCUUUUGAAUCCUUGUUCAAGGAACAGAAGACUCUACUUAUUCCACGACGAUAUGAAACUGUUCGAGAAGAAGUACUGCGACUUGAGCUUUCUACGCGUGAUGGUGGCGGACAAGUCCCAGAAACGGAUGAGCGACCUAAGGUAGUAGUUGAUAUGCGAGAAUUCAAUAGCGAACUACCGACUGUCUUGUACAAAAAGGGAUACGAUGUGGUUGCUGUCACGCUUGAGGUGGGUGAUUAUGUUCUCUCGCCUGGAAUAGCUGUGGAGAGAAAAGCACUUGACGACCUGACACAAUCGCUACAAUCUGGAAGAGUUUUCAAGCAGUCUGAGCAGAUGUUGCGGCACUAUGCUAACUCGGUGCUUUUGAUAGAGUCAAAUCGAAAGUUUGAGUCAAAAAUUGUUAACGGUGGUCCUUUUCAGGGAGAACUGACGCGACAUUGUCGUGAGAUAAGAGCGCUACUUUGUUCGCUAUUACGCGCUACUCCCAAGCUGAAGUUGAUAUGGUCGUUGUCACCAGCAAAUUCUGCUGAAUACUUUGCGGAAAUGAAACUCAAUCGAGCUGAGCCUGACCCGGAAAAAGCUGUUUCCUUGCGAGGAGACGAUGUCUUCAAACAGAUAGAAGAAGAAUCACACGACACCCCAGAGAAGCGAAAAAAGCCCAACGCUGUUUUACUAAGACAUAUGGCUCAGCAUUUACCCGGCAUGGGAAGAGGCGAUGUGCAAACGAUGAUGCUCAGUCAGAAGGUAACGAAUUUGAAGGAGUUGUUCACGAUGCCUGCAGAACGGCUACACGCUGCCAUCGGCGUUCAUGCUGAUAGAAUUAGUGUGUUUUCGAAUUUUGAUUUUAGCUCUACCGAGUGAAAUUAUAUCUAUAGUUUGCUGAUCUGUUCGUUUGAUCAUCGUGAUCUCACUUUUUUACCUACAUCUCGACCUCAGCCAGUGUUUUGGAGGGGUUCAUUGAUUGUUAAUUUUAUCACAUAUCAUAUAUCAUUAUUAAUAAAUGCUA